ACAACAGAUACAACUGACCCAGAAGGAGAAACAGUUCUGACUCCUCUGACAAACCGCCAACAGAGACACCUCAACUGAUGAAGCCAAGCUAAAGGCUCUCUGCUGCAAACACACUACUGAAGAUUUGUUCCCUCCUUUCUUUGCCUCUUCUUGCUCCACUUUAUUACCUUCUUCCCCACACUUCUUCACCCCUCAUGCUUAUAUAUUUUUCGUGCUUAUGCUUUUCUCGUGUCCUCUUUUUGUCCAUUGUACUUCUACCUUUGUUUGACUGCCCCCACCUAAAUCUUCUCUCGAAGGCCAGGUCCACUCCCAGACUUCCUCUUGUCUUUCUCCGUCAAUCGGCUCGCUCUCCGGACUCCUCUGCCAUGCCUCCUCAGCUUCAGUCCCAGAAACAGACCGGUCCCAGGAUCCUGCAGGGCGAUGUGAGUGCCCUCAGCCCGGCCGUCAAGGAGUUUGUGGAUGCCAACGUGAGUCUGUGCCAGCCCGACUCCCUCCACAUCUGCGACGGCUCUGAUGAGGAGAACCGUGCCAUCCUGACUCAGCUGGAGGAGCAGGGGAUGAUCAAGAAGCUUACCAAAUAUGAGAACUGCUGGUUGGCCAGGACCGACCCGAGGGACGUGGCUCGUGUGGAGAGUAAGACUGUGAUUGUCACCCGGGACCAGAGGGACACGGUGCCCACGCCGCUGGGUGGCGGGGUCAGCCAGCUGGGCCGCUGGAUGUCCCCGGAAGAAUUCGACAAGGCGAUGGAUCAGCGCUUCCCCGGCUGCAUGAAAGGCCGUACCAUGUAUGUGAUUCCCUUCAGCAUGGGUCCGGUAGGGUCCCCCCUGUCUAAGAUCGGGGUGGAGCUGACAGACUCUCCCUACGUGGUGGCCAGUAUGAGGGUGAUGACACGUAUGGGGACGGCUGUGCUGUCCGCUCUGGGAACCGGCGACUUUGUCCGCUGUCUGCACUCUGUCGGCUGUCCUCUGCCGCUCAAAAAGCCCUUGGUGAACAACUGGCCCUGUAACCCCGAGCAGACGUUAGUCGCCCACAUCCCGGACCGCCGGCAGAUCGUCUCGUUCGGUAGCGGCUACGGAGGAAACUCCCUGCUGGGGAAGAAGUGCUUUGCUUUGCGCAUUGCCUCACGUAUCGCCAAAGAGGAGGGUUGGCUGGCAGAGCACAUGCUGAUCCUCGGCGUCACCAACCCUGCCGGGGACAAGAAGUACAUGGCAGCAGCCUUCCCCAGUGCCUGCGGGAAGACCAACCUGGCCAUGCUCUGUCCCACGCUGCCCGGCUGGAAGGUCGAGUGUGUGGGAGACGACAUCGCCUGGAUGAAGUUUGACAACCAAGGCAACCUGCGUGCAAUCAACCCUGAGAAUGGCUUUUUUGGAGUUGCACCUGGCACCUCAGUCAACACCAACCCCAACGCCAUGGAGACAAUCACCAGGAACACCGUUUUCACCAACGUUGCAGAGACCAGCGACGGCGGUGUGUACUGGGAGGGAAUGGACCGGUCGCUGCCCGACGGCGUCACCAUCACCUCCUGGAAGAACAAACCCUGGAGCUCGCAGGAUGGCGAACCCUGUGCUCACCCCAACUCUCGUUUCUGCACUCCGGCCGGGCAGUGUCCCAUCAUCGAUCCACUGUGGGAAUCCCCAGAGGGAGUCCCCAUCGAGGCCAUCGUCUUCGGAGGCCGCAGGCCAGAAGGUGUCCCUCUGGUAUACGAGGCUUUCAGCUGGCAACACGGAGUGUUUGUUGGAGCAGCCAUGAGGUCGGAGGCCACGGCUGCAGCUGAACACAAAGGCAAGGUGAUCAUGCACGACCCCUUCGCCAUGCGCCCCUUCUUCGGCUACAACUUCGGCCAGUACCUCUCUCACUGGCUGAGCAUGGCCGACCGCCCCGGCGCCAAGCUCCCCAAGAUCUUCCACGUCAACUGGUUCCGCAAGAGCCCCGCCGCCGGAUUCCUAUGGCCCGGUUUUGGCGACAACAUCCGCGUGCUGGACUGGAUGUUCAGGCGGGUGAAUGGCGAGGCCGGCGCCACGCCCUCUGCCGUGGGCUACCUGCCAUGCGCCGAGUCCCUGAACCUGCAGGGUCUGCAGGGGGACGUGAACCUCACAGAGCUGUUCUCCCUGGAUCAGGAGUUCUGGCAGAGGGAGGUGGAGGAGGUGAGGAAGUACCUCGCCGUGCAGGUGAACGACGACCUGCCCAACGAGGUGGCCCGGCAGCUGGAGCUCCUGCAGCAGAGAGUGAAUCAGAUGUAAAGAGAGGGCUAAAAAAUAUAUGCUGAAGAACUCUGAUUUUCAAAAAGAAAAAUUGGAUUUGUUUUCAUAAGCGAGAAAUCCUCAUCCCCUUUUUUCCCCUGUUAAUUAUCCACAAAAUGCUUCUGCUAAAAUCCUGCUGGCAGUGAUAAGAUGAAUUAUACAAACUUGUAGAAAUUGUUAUUAAACCUGAGUUAACAAACAUUUCUCACUGUGCUCAUCGCAGGAGAUGUUUCGCUUUCAUCAUUUCACGCGCUGUUGUAACAGCGCCACUUUAAAACGUUGUUCUUUAAACUGUAUGUCUGGAUUCUGCUAUUUAAUAGUAAAUUAUUAUGAGUUCAGGUCAGCUCCAGUGUUGUUUGACCCCCCUGCACACAGGGGAAAUACGUGUUUCUGUUCCUGUCUUUAUUUCUUUUGUCUUCAUUUAUUUUUAUACACGGUUGGCAUCUUUUGGUUCUGUUUUGUUGAAAUCUUGAGCGUCCGAAGAUGGGAGAGAAUAAUAAAAAUAUUUUCAAAGAUC